AUGAAAGCCCUUGGUGCAUAUAUUGAGCGCAAGGCAGACAGAAUCAAAUCAACACUUGCACCUUCCACUGUGACCGCAUCCACUGCUUCUACUGCUGUCCCGUUUCUUACCAAUGCACUGAGAACAUUGCACAACGGCGCACAGGUGUUCCCACCUCUGCAAGCAGCUAUUGAAGGUCUGCUGGCCUGUAUUGAGUGCAUAGAGCUUGAAGCAUUGCAGCAAACUUGA